AUGAAAAAAGAUACCACACACAAUCGUCAACAUGCCCGUGCCACAGAAAUUGACAGCUCAGAAGAUGAGGACGAUGUUUACUUCUUUCAAAUUGGACAAAAAUCACCAACAUUUCCUGUCACCAUCAAUGGAUGCACCGUCGAAGUCAUCAUCGACUCAGGUUCCACCAUCAACAUCCUAGAUGAAGCAAGCUUUAACCUCAUAACACCGCGACCUGUUGUGCACGAAUACAAAGUUAAAAUCUACCCAUACAAAGCUGAAAAACCAAUCUUCCUGAAAGGAGUUAUUACCGCCUCUAUUGGUUCAAACAAUCAAACCAAUAUCGCAAAAUUUUACAUCGUUCCUGGUAACAAGGGUUCCUUGUUGGGUAAAGACACCGCUGAAGCUCUUGACAUCCUUCGAGUUGGACCACCACAACAAGUCGCAGCCAUGGAGAUAAAUCCAGACACAACACCUUUAUCCACCAAGCAGAUCCGACACCGCCAUCAAUCUGUCUUCGAAGGAACCGGUUUACUGAAAGAUUUCAAGUUAAAACUACACAUCAACCCGGAUGUUAUACCAGUUCAACAACUGAUUCGAAGGGUACCUUUCCACACGAAAGAAAAGUAG